UGUCCUUAAUAAGCUGCCAUACAGGCGCAGACAGCUGUGUGUGUUCGCGUCUUGUCACCAUCACUCUGAAGGUGUGUGGUGUGUGUGUGUGUGAGACAUUGUGGGCGUCUCUGUCUGUAGCGCAGCCUCCUCACAGGCCACUCCCGGGAAGCGCGCUGCUGUUCCGCCUCACAGACGGACGGACGGACGGAGUGUGUUCGCUCUCAGCGCGCCGCGGCUGCUGUGCGCUCUCUCUCUCUCUCUCUCUCUGUCUCUCUCUCUCUCUCUCUCUCUCUGUCUCUCUCUCUCUCUCUCUCCUGUGCAGAUUGUGGGGGUCGAGGUGGAGGCAUGUAGCACCGGAUUCACCGGAUUCACGGCGCCGAGCAGCAUGUAGCACCUGGAGCUCCGCGCACAUCGCCUCCUCCCUGCGCUCCUCCUCCGUCUUCUCUCCCUCCUGGAGCGCUCGUCUCUGCUUCCCUGAAGGCAUCGCCUGCACGAGCAUUUCCGGGGAUUUUUUUGGGGGUGGGUGGGGGGAUUUAUUUAUUUUAGAGGAGUGUGAGUUCAUCCCCGCCGCUCUGCACCUCUCGGUCGAUGGUCGUUGAGGAAGCUUCCAUCUUGAGUCCCGUAUCUACCGAGAGAACCAUGGCGAGCGACUCCCCUGCGCGGAGUCUGGACGAGAUAGACCUGUCUGCACUACGGGACCCAGCUGGUAUCUUUGAGCUGGUUGAACUGGUUGGAAAUGGAACCUAUGGGCAGGUCUACAAGGGUCGCCAUGUCAAAACAGGCCAACUUGCUGCCAUCAAGGUCAUGGACGUCACAGGAGAUGAGGAGGAGGAGAUUAAAGCAGAGAUCAACAUGUUGAAGAAGUACAGCCACCACAGGAACAUCGCAACCUACUAUGGAGCCUUCAUCAAGAAGAACCCUCCUGGGAUGGAUGACCAGCUGUGGCUGGUGAUGGAGUUCUGCGGUGCCGGCUCGGUGACAGAUCUGAUCAAGAACACCAAAGGGAACUCUCUGAAGGAGGAGUGGAUCGCCUACAUCUGCAGAGAGAUCCUCAGGGGUCUGACCCAUCUCCACCAGCACAAGGUCAUCCACAGGGAUAUCAAAGGCCAGAACGUGUUGUUGACAGAGAACGCAGAGGUUAAACUAGUUGACUUUGGUGUGAGCGCACAGCUCGAUCGUACAGUGGGACGGAGGAACACGUUCAUCGGGACGCCAUAUUGGAUGGCCCCAGAGGUCAUCGCCUGUGAUGAGAACCCUGAUGCCACAUACGACUUCAAGAGUGAUCUGUGGUCGCUCGGUAUCACAGCUAUAGAGAUGGCAGAGGGAGCACCACCUCUGUGUGACAUGCAUCCGAUGCGAGCGCUCUUCCUCAUCCCCAGAAAUCCUGCCCCCAGACUCAAGUCUAAGAAAUGGUCGAAGAAGUUCCAGUCGUUCAUAGAGAGCUGUCUGGUGAAGAGUCACAGCCAACGGCCGAGCACCGAGCAGCUCCUCAAACACCCGUUCAUCAGGGACCUUCCCAACGAGCGGCAGGUCCGCAUCCAGCUGAAGGACCACAUCGACCGCACCAAGAAGAGGAGGGGGGAGAGGGAUGAGACAGAGUACGAGUACAGUGGGAGUGAGGAGGAGGACGAAGAGAGGGACAUUGGAGAACCCAGCUCCAUCAUCAACAUUCCCGGGGAGUCCACACUGAGACGGGACUUCCUGCGUCUCCAGCUGGCCAAUAAGGAGCGGUCGGAGCUGAUCCGACGUCAGCAGCUGGAGCAGCAGCAGAACGAGGAGCACAAGCGCCAGCUACUGGCCGAGAGGCAGAAACGCAUCGAGGAGCAGAAGGAACAGAGGCGACGGCUGGAGGAGCAACAGCGUCGGGAGCGAGAGAUGAGGAAGCAGCAGGAGCGAGAGCAGAGGAGGAGGUACGAAGAGAUGGAGCAGCUCCGUCGGGAGGAGGAGAGGAGGCACGCAGAGAGGGAACAGGAGUAUAUCCGUAGACAGCUGGAGGAGGAGCAGAGGCAGCUGGAGAUCCUGCAGCAGCAGCUCCUGCAGGAGCAGGCAUUACUGCUGGAGUACAAGAGGAAGCAGAUCGAGGAGCAGCGGCAGGCCGAGCGGCUGCAGAGGCAGCUGCAGCAGGAGCGAGCGUACCUGGUGUCGCUGCAGCAGCAGCAGCAGGAGCCGCCGCGACCGCCGCAGGACAAGAAGCAGCUGUACCACUACAAGGACCAGGCGCCCGGCAGCAACGACAAGCCCGCCUGGGCCAAAGAGGUGAUGCGUCGAGCUCAGAGCAACUCGCCUCGCAUCCCUCCCAAGAAGCACCACUCCUUCAAGGAGGUGCGAGACGUCAACCUCGACAACCUCCUCUUACUCCCCGGUUACAAACCUCGCUCCCGUCCCCCCUCCUACCCCGCCCACGUCAGUCCCUCCAGGGAUCACCUGCAUGUGCCACGAAUCCGUGUCACCUGUGUGCCCGAUCGCGCCCCCAACUCCAGGGCCUGGAGCCCCGAGUCCAGGGGCCGGAGCCCAGGCCGCCGGUCCAGUCAAAGCCCAGGCCGCCUGGUGGAGGAGCAUUAUAAGAUGAACAGACAGACUUCUCCUGCAUUGCAGCAUAAAGUCUCCAACCGGAUCUCGGACCCGUCGCUGCCGCCCCGCUCCGAGUCCUUCAGCAGCGGAGGCAUCCAGCAGGCCCGGACCCCGCCCAUGCACCGCUCCGUCGAACCACAGAUGGCCCACCUGGUGCAGGUGAAGAGUCACGGCCUGUCAGGCUCCCAGUCUCUGUAUGACCCCCACGGCGUGUCCUCCUCCUCGGCGUCGCCCUCCCCCUCCCGGCCUCCCAUGCCCCGGCAGAACUCCGACCCCACCUCCGACACCCCUCCUCCCCCGCCCCUCUCCCGCCUGGCGCCCCCCCUCGACAAGCUGGACCGCAGCUCCUGGCUGCGGCAGGACGACGACAUGCCCCCCAAGGUUCCUCAGAGGACGACCUCCAUCUCUCCUGCUUUAGUCAGGAAGAACUCUCCAGGAAACGGACCUGGCCUCGGUCCUCGGGCUGGAGCUCACCUCAUACGGGCCAGCUGUGUUUGUGUUGCUGUAGCAACCCCUGACCUGCGGAGGAUCGACGUUUCCAUGGAUACGCCCCUAAAGAGGACGAGCAGCGGCAGCUCCUCCAGCUCCAGCACCCCCAGCUCCCAGGGAGGCUCCAACGAGCGAGGUAAUUCAGCCACUAAGACCGAGGGCUCGACACUUUCUUCCCAUGACGCCAAAGACGACAGUAGAGAGGUGACGCGACCCAGCAGGCCUGCAGACCUGACGGCUCUGGCCAAAGAGCUGAGAGAGCUGCGACAGGGCGAGGAAACGAGCCGCCCGCCUGUCAAAGUGACCGACUACUCGUCGUCCAGCGAGGAGUCUCACAGCAGCGAGGAUGAGGAGGGAGAGGGCGGGGCUAAUGAUGGGACAGUGGCUGUUAGCGAUAUACCACGUAUCAUGCCAGCAGCAAGUCAAAGUACAAACGAGUCCUUCAGCAUGAUGGGAGGUCAUAACGACACCCACGGCGACGCGUAUGGAAACAGCUCCCAGGACAGCACCCUGAUGAUGCGUGAGUACGGGAUGGGAGGCAGCGGAGGCUCCAAGGCUUCCUUCACACCGUUUGUUGAUCCGAGAGUCUACGGGACGUCCCCGACUGAUGACGACGACAAAAACUCUGCUUCAGCGCUGUUUGCUGACGAGCUGCUGAAGCAGGAGCAGGAGCAGGCGAGGCUCAACGAGGCCAGAAAGAUCUCCGUGGUCAACGUCAACCCCACCAACAUCAGACCGCACAGCGACACACCUGAGAUCCGCAAAUACAAGAAACGCUUCAACUCUGAGAUCCUCUGUGCAGCGCUCUGGGGAGUGAACCUGCUGGUGGGGACGGAGAACGGCCUGAUGCUGCUGGAUCGAAGCGGUCAGGGCAAAGUUUACAACCUGAUCAACCGACGCCGCUUCCAACAGAUGGACGUCCUGGAGGGACUCAACGUCCUGGUCACCAUCUCAGGGAAGAAGAACAAGCUGCGUGUUUACUACCUGUCCUGGCUCAGGAACAGGAUAUUACACAACGACCCUGAAGUGGAAAAGAAACAGGGAUGGAUCACCGUUGGAGACCUGGAGGGCUGCGUGCAUUACAAAGUCGUGAAGUACGAGAGGAUUAAAUUCCUGGUGAUUGCCCUGAAGAACUCAGUGGAGAUCUACGCCUGGGCGCCUAAACCUUACCACAAGUUUAUGGCCUUCAAGUCGUUCACUGACCUGCAGCAUCGCCCCCUGCUGGUUGAUCUGACCGUGGAGGAAGGACAGAGGUUAAAAGUCAUCUACGGCUCCAGCGUGGGCUUUCACGUCAUCGAUGUGGACUCUGGCAACCCCUAUGACAUCUAUAUCCCCUCACAUAUUCAGGGUCAGGUGACCCCGCACGCCAUCGUGGUUCUGCCCAAGACGGAUGGCAUGGAGAUGCUGCUGUGCUACGAGGACGAGGGCGUCUACGUCAACACCUACGGACGCAUCACCAAAGACGUGGUGCUGCAGUGGGGCGAGAUGCCCACCUCCGUCGCCUACAUCCACUCCAACCAGAUCAUGGGCUGGGGAGAGAAGGCCAUUGAGAUCCGCUCCGUGGAGACGGGACACCUCGACGGAGUUUUCAUGCACAAGCGAGCUCAGCGACUGAAGUUCCUGUCGGAGAGGAACGACAAGGUUUUCUUCGCCUCGGUGCGCUCUGGAGGCAGCAGCCAAGUCUUCUUCAUGACCCUCAACAGAAGCUCCAUGAUGAACUGGUAACCCCUCCCCUUCUUCAGCCGACAUCCCUCCUCCUCUUCUCUCUGAACGUCGCCCGCCACCAGGAGAGACGGACGGAGGGGUGACAUGAGGACGAUUUGCGUGUGUGUGUGUGUGUGUGUGUGUGUGUGUGUGUAUAUAUGUGUGUGUGUUUGUGGAGGAUAAACAACAAGCUGCUGAACAGACGAUUGAGCAAACCACAGGAGUGUGCUCCCCCAGUAUAGAUAUCCUUUAACUGUAGGGGGCGCUGCAGACCUUGUGGAAGGCGUCACUGCCUGCUGAGCAAAGGUAACUCAACAUACUGUCAGUGGACAACACCUUCACCCUCCCUGUGGACUGUUCGACCGGGAUGAUGGUUGUUCUUGAGACUUUAAAGGACGCUGACAUCAUGCCUGAGUAGCCUUUGACCUUCCCAUGCGACUGAAUGGGGAGCUGUGGAGAAGUUCUUUGUGUAGCACAUCACUGAUUUUCUUACAGGGUGUUCACACGGCGAGUGGUAGAUCUGUGGCUCUGCUCUGUCAGUGGUGAUGCAGGUGUGUUGUGGCUGCGAAUCAGACAUCUCACUGCGCUGUGUUGUUAUAGUGCUGGAUAUUAAGGUAGCAUCAGUAGAGGAGGAAAACUUGAGGUUAGUGGAUGGAUGCAACAGUGAGUCUCUCAGUGCUGAAUCAGAAUCACUCUGCAGGCAACUCACGUCGAGUGUUUCCCUCCGAUUUGAGCUAGUCUCCACGCUGAGUCAGUGUUUUUCCCAAGUGGAUAAAUGAAUAAACUCUAACCAGCUGCUGCGCUGUGGACGGACAAAAAAUGAUGACAAUCAUGAGAGAGAAACCUGGUGAAUUCUUUGGUUGUCAGUCCAGAACAAUGGUCCCAGAUCUCACCCACCGAGACCAGCAGCUGAGUUAGAGCUUUGUUGGCCAAAGAUCUGUCUUAAAACAGGAUCUGCUGCUACGAGCCAAAAUAUGCUGACGAUCCAGUUUAAUGUUGCUCCUAAAAACAUAUCUAUAACUGGGAAGUUUGUCGAUGUUUAAGAAUGAGGUGUGAGCUGACGACUUGUUCAGACAUUUGUCAAGCCUCAAAACUGAUAUCUCUCAGCCUGACGCAGGUUUAUUAGACUCACCUGACGCAGUGUGACAUACAGUUGUUAUCGCACCUUAAGAAGAGACUCCCGGUUUCCUACUAUUCAGGCGUUUAAUUGUGAGCAGAGAUGAUGACGCCGCUGUGAUGAUUUCAAAAUAACCUGGCUCAGUGUGGAAGAAGUCUGAACCAACCUUUAACUGCUCUGAGCCAAAAGCCAAACGUCAAACUCAGAGUGUGAUGCUGCUUGAAUCUCAGCUGAUGUUUUCUGGACUAACAUCCUGUAGCAAAAACUCAAAGAUGGCCUCCUCGCUCCAGAUGUCAGAUGUUUUAUGUCACAAAGCAAAAAUACAUCAGAGGGAGCCGAAAUGUGCUGACCUUGAAGCGUUCAGCCGUGGCCGACAUGCUCGCCGCCCCCACCCAAUCGCUGCUCUGUAGGAAACGAACGGACCUGCUGUGACUUGAUGACGGUGUUGCUCACAGUGUGAACACUCAUUUCGAGUGCUGCUGCUGAAACACCCCGUAUGUCUCUUCCCCAUUAGGAGAGAAAAAUGCUACACACAAGCCGUUAGUGUCACGGGGGAAAUGAGACAUUUUACUCUUGUCAUUGUGCUUGCUGCACAGUCGGGUUCAGCUACUGUGGCUACGGUGUCCUGGAAAGGCAAAGGCAGGUUGUAGAUAUUGUAUUAUUGCUGCAACAGCAACACAAUAACAAAAAUCUCCACAUCAUUUCUCACAAGAAGAACUUGGCCGUAGAGUAGAUGCCAACCUCUGGAAGUUUUUACUUUUGCUGCCCUUUGUUCUCUCCACCUUUUACUGUUCUGUGUGCACUGCACUUGUGUAAAUACUCACUUUAAUGUUAAGGACAGACGACUACGCAAAACAGGUGAGAAGACUGAAGAAAAAAAUAACAGUCUUGCUUUUUAUUUUCCGCCAUACCUCUGUAAAAUCUGUCCGUUCUUGUAGUUUCUCUCAGAUGGGAGGUUUUUCUGACCCAACGAGCCGAGCGAGGACUUACACACACACGUUUGAUUUGGGUUAACACUCCGAGUUUUUACUCUUUUUCUCUGUAGUUCAUCACUGUUUAUUUAGUUGUGCAUUUUGCAUGGUGACAUACAUGUUUUACCUGUCGUCACUUGUUAUGAAUUGUAAGUUUAAGGCAAUACACUGGCAGGUCUGACUGUAGGAGCAGGACGACGAGAGAGAAAACUUUCUACAUGAGCCCUGAAGCAUUUUUCUCACAACUCUGAGCUGUACAUUGAAAGAUUUGAAAUUUCUUUAGCACCUGGGCUUUUAUCCUAUAAGUAACAGUCAGAUAAGUCACUGGAUAACUUCACAUUCUCCAUUAAAUUGACAUUUUAGGCAUUUUUUUAAAGCUCAAACCCAGAGCAGCUUGUGAAGAGCGAGCAGGACGGAGCUUAGAGUCACUUUGAAUGCCAUUUUCUGUAUUUGGGGGGUUGACAGUUAAGUCAGAGAUUGUGAUCAGGCUACGAGAGAGGAAAAGUGCUUCAUCUUUUACUUGAUAUUCUUUAUUCGUUCAUUGAUCUUAAAGGAUGCGAUAGGUGUAAGCGAUGCCGCUUUAAGGCCAGCUGAAGCCUUUUACAUGUGCAGGAUGUUCACGUUAAUCGACACCCUGUGAAUAAAGGUCAGGAGGCAGGGUCAGUUUGAGAAACCUUAGAUAAAAAGAUAUAUAUACUGUAAGAAUUUUCGUUAUGAUGAUAUCUUACUGAUCAUUUUAGAGAAAGACAAAAAAAUAACGUUCACUUAUUAAAGCUUAGCUGUCUUUCUACAGAAUAGAGAACAUAGCUAUAAGAAUUUCUAAAAAAAAUACAAUGUUUUUAUUGUGGUAUUAUUUGUAUUUGUAUUUCAAUUUUUGUACGUAUCAAGACUGUGAACGUAUGUACGGCUGUCAGCCUGUGAGUGUGUGUGUGUGAGUGAGUGCAUAGGUGAGCAGGUGUGUGCACAGGUGUGUGACAUGCAUGUGAGUGUAUGUUUUCACCUCGUCUGAAUCACUGGAAUCAGUCAAAAGACAACCUCAAUCUGGUAACACACAUCUGUGAUAUUGGAAAUUGUACAAUAAAUGUCCUCUCCUUGUACAGCAACAA